AUGACUUUUGGAGAAAGAUAUUUGCGUGAACCCACUCCUGAAGAUGUUCAGAGGUUGCUACAAGAGAAUGCGGACCGAGGUUUUCCUGGAAUGCUUGGUAGUGUUGAUUGUAUGCAAUGGCCAUGGAAGAAUUAUCCGGUAGAUUGGCAAGGAUCUUACUGGGGUAAAGAUAAAGAGAGUAGUUUUGCAUUAGAGGCGGUGGCAUCAUACGAUUUGUGGUUUUGGCAUGCUUUUUUUGGAAUGCCUGGAUCAAACAACGAUUUGAAUGUGUUGGCACACUCACCCCUUUUUGAUAACAUGUUAAAGGGUGUAGCACCUUCAUGCAAUUAUGUCAUCAAUGGUCACCAGUACAAUAUGGGUUAUUUCUUAGCCGAUGGUAUUUAUCCAAAGUUGACUGCAAUUGUACAAGAUUUCUCUCAGACACUGGACAUUCCCGACUAUGUGAGAUUCAACAAGUAUCAAAUGGAUAAAAGAAAGGAUGUCGAGCGUGCUUUUGGAGUUCUCCAGGAAUUACACUUACAACUAAGAGAUGAUCUUGUCAAGCACAUUGUUGCGCGUCCUGGUAGAGGAGGCCAUGCAGGUGACAUAUCUAGUUUGGAGGGUUCAGAUAUGGAAAACGUGGAUCUUCCAUCAUCAGAAGGAGAUUAUGAAGAUACAAACUUAGAUGAAGAAGUAGUUCCUGGUCAAAACGAGGAUGGAGCAUUUGUUUAUUAUGGAGAUUACAAUGAUCAAAUUCCAGAUGACAUUGAACAUGCAGUUGAAUAUGAACAUGAUGGAGAUGGAGAUGAGGAUGAUUAUGACGAUUAUGAGGAAGAUAAGGAGGAUGAUUCUGACGAUGAGGAGUACGAUUCUUACGAUGAUGUUACCUACAAUGAUGCGGGUAUUAUGAUGAUGAUGAUGUUGAGGCAUAAGAUGUAUUUCAUUGUUGUGUUUUAA